AGAAAGAAGAAGGAGCGCGUGUGCAGGUUGACGUCGGUCUCCAGGCGUUAUUUUUUUAUUUUCAUGCUGUGAACGCUUUUCUUCACAUCCAGUGACGCUUCUCGGAGGAUCUCUUCGCCUGUCGCUGAUUGUUGUCGUUUAUUUAACGAGUCGGGAGUUGAGGAAUCAUAAGAUACCGUCUGGGCAGCAUCUCUACAUUCCCACCGUCAAGCCACAAUGAUCACCAGAAGAAGAGGCCGUGCUAUCAACAAGACAGAGCCUCUUGAGGUCGAAGUGGUGGAUGCAGUUGAAACUGUAGAGGAUCUUCCACAUCCCUCUGAGGACUUCCUAGCUGAAGAUAUUGACACAGAUGGAGUAGAGCUAGACGAUCUGUUUGGACUAGAAGAAUUAAAAUGGACACUUGAAAGAGAUGAUGCGUCCCCACUCUUCGAAAUGGAGUUGGCUGAUCUCGGAGUGUACUGUGUCAAGGAUCGAGAUUCCGGGUUCGAAGCUUCAACUGCCUCGUCUCCGGAGAGAAUGGCAUCAGACUUGAAGACCAUGAACGGACAGAACCAGUCAAGCGACGCGAUCAACAAAAAUGCUAUUGCUGCCAGAUUGAACCGUCUGAAGAAGAAAGAAUAUGUCAACAGCCUGGAGAAGAAAGUUGGCGUCCUAUCGACAGAAAACAACGUGCUCAAAAAGGAAAAUUGUCAGCUGACCAAGAGAGUGGAAGAAUUGGAAGAUGAGACCAGGUACCUGAGAGCUGUGCUGGCCAAUGAGAGCAUGUUAGCCAAGCUCUUGUCCAGGCUGAGCGGUGUGAAUGGGAUGAAAUUAUCUUCCUCCCUUUUCCAGGGUCCUGACUCAAACGACCACGACUACGCCUUACCCAGGAAGCGUGUGAAAGUGGAGGAGAAAGAGACAUCUGGUGGCGUGUGUCUGCAUGUGGACAAGAACCACGUCUCAGUGGAGUUCUGCACCAAGUGUGCAGAGAGUGCAAGCACAUCACUCAAAAUGUAGGGUCAAGUACUUAUCUCUGUUUUCAGAUAUUGAGACUGAACUUAAUAUGGCUCAGUGUACUGAACUUGUUGAAGGUGGAUGAACACUGUUGAGUUAGUUAAGUUUAAAUCACUGCUGAAUGUGCAUGUGUUUCUGUGUGAUGAUGGAUUAAGUACACGUUACUGCUAAACCUUGUUGACAGUUUCUUCUAGGUAAUGGUUGAUCCACCAUGCGGGAUGAGUGGCUUUCUGAACACCUUGCCUGCUUGACUCCAUGUGGAUUCUGCUGGUGGAAGGCGAAGAGGCUGGACAAGCUGCUGCCAACGUGGCCUGGUAUUUUUUUAAAGGUAGUAUCGGUACCAAAUGGUAUAAGUGAUUACACUCUCCCAAAACUCCACAACAUCAGUAGAUGUAGGUCUUGGCAGUACAGCCGGAGGGCUGACUGCACCUGCUCCAUUACUUGGAGCAAUGCCAUCAGAAGCUUGAUAAUCUCAGAAUCAUAUCUUGUAUAUAUUUACAUAUUGGAAUGUAUUCAAUACAUACAUCAACUGAGGAAAUUGACCAUUUUGGUUAAAUGUGAUAAAGUGUAAAUCUGUAUAUAUCUUUGAAUACAUUUUGUUUGAAGUCAAUGACCUUUGAGAAAUGUUGGACAAAUAAAUCAUAUUUUCAUUAAGUUUGAGUAACAAAUA